GAAAAGGACCCGAAGAGCAACCCAAUCUCUGAAGCUCGAUCUCCAUCUCCAAUGGCGACAAGCCUCUGCAACCCCAGUUCAUCUCCUUUCCCUUUCUCCGCCUCCUCUUUGCCUGUCGCCCGUGGCCGCUCUCUUUCCCGGAAUGGCUCCUCCGUCCGCUUCGGCAGCUCAAUCGGCCAUCCAUCGUCUGCGCUGUGCUCGCGGAGAUGGGCAGCUCCCUGUCGUGCCUCGCGUCCGACGCUGCGUUGCGCCGCCGUGAGCACCAUCGGGCAGAGCGAUUUUGUGGCGGAGGUCUUGGAAUCAGAUGUGCCAGUGCUGGUGGAAUUCGUCGCCGACUGGUGCGGGCCGUGCCGGGUGAUGGUCCCCGUCAUUGAUUGGGUCUCUCAGGAGUAUACAGACAAAUUAAAGGUUGUGAAGAUUGAUCACGAUGCUAACUCCCAGUUGAUUGAAGAAUACAAGGUCUAUGGUUUGCCUGCAUUGAUUUUGUUCAAAGAUGGAAAAGAGGUUGCAGGAAGUCGGAGGGAGGGUGCAAUGACAAAAGUUAAGCUGAAAGAAUACUUGGACUCUUUGUUGGAAUCUACAACCACUGUUUAGUUUUAUACUAUCAAUUUUCUUUCAAUUUAAGAUGUUUGUUUGACUGUGAAACACAGAGGAGUUAGCAUGUAUUCUCCUCAUAAUUCCCCAUAUAGCUUUUACUUGAAUGUGAAUGUGAUUGUGAAUGUUUUUCACUUCUUUA